AUGCUCCAACCAAACUACCACAUCCUCCUCCUCGGCGGCACCGGCCUCUGCGGCCUCAUCUUCACCCGCCUCGCCCUCGACGCCGGCCACACCCUAACCCUCUACAUCCGCACCCCCUCCAAGAUCCCCGCCGACCUCGCCUCAAACCCAAAUCUACACAUCAUUCAAGGCGAGUUUGGGGACGCCGAAGGCCUCAAGAAAGCCGCAGCAUGUGGCGCCAAACUCUUCAUCUCCUUCGCCGGCCCCACGCUGGGCGAGAAGAAAGGAACGCCCAUCACCCAAGCCCUCAAAACUCUCUACCCACACCUCCUCGCCGCGUCAUACACGCGCAUCCUCACCCUCUCCACGGCCUCCUACCCCGCGCCCGAAGACACGCGCUCCAUCAAGUGGUGGAUCGCCAUCAACCUGUACGUGCGCGUCCUCGGGGGCGAUUCGUACGACGAGAUCCGCGGCAUGGCGCAGGCGACGGUCGACCUCGGGGAGAGUAUCAAAUGGACGGUCUUCAGGGUGCCCUUGCUGAGCGGGGAGGAGGCGGGCGAGGGGGGAGAUGUCGAAGCGUGUUUUGUGGGGGAUAAGAAGGGGAGGGAUGGCCUGUGGUUGGAUCGCGGGAGGCUGGCCCGGUGGGUGCUGGGGGAGUUGGAAGAGGAGAAGUGGGUGGGGUUUUUGCCGCUGGUGUCGAACGCUUGA